AUGAGCGUGUACAGCAGCGACUACUGGAAGAUGCCGGUGCUGGCGCAGAAAUUCAUGGGCGUCUGGCCGUUCAACAACCGCCAAUACGACAAGUGCAUGCGCGUCUUCGUCUACGUCGCCCUCUACUCGCUGAUAGUGCCGAUCGGUAUCCGCCUCGUCGAGGAGCUCGGCGUCAACACGGCCAUAGCCAUCGAGAACUUGGUCGGGCAGAUGUACCUCAACGCGGCGGUCAUCAAGUUCUCGAUGACGAUAUUGUUCAAGGAAAAGCACAAGCAAAUCUACGAGCUGAUCGCCAGGGACUGGAAAAUGACGAGCGACAAGGAAGAGCUGGAGAUCAUGGAGAAGCACGCGGCGAUCGGCCGGACCAUCUCGUUGGCCUACGGAAUUUGCUGUUGCAGCACCGCCGGCGCCUUCCUCAUGAUCCCCACGCUGCUGCCGCUGCUGGACUACGUCGCGCCGUUGGACAACUCGAGCAGGCCCGUGGUCCUCCCCUACUACGCGGAGUAUUACAUCGACCAGCGGAAGUACUACCUUCCGCUGAUGCUGAAGGCCUUGGUCGCGGGAAUGAUAUCCAUGACGGUCUUCAUCACCUACGACAUGGCGUUCGCGAUGUGCGUGCAGCACGUCUGCAGCCUCUUCGACAUAAUCAACCUCCGUCUGCAGAGGGCCUCGCAGCUCGGCAGCCAGCUCGGCAGCCAGCUCGGCAGGUCCGCGAGAACCUCGGCGAGCUACGACAGCGGCGUCUUUCGCCUCAUCCAGAAGGCCAUCGAGCUGCACCAGAUCGUCAUCGAGAACGUGAGCAGCCUCGAGAACGCCUACAACCUCAACUGGUUCUUCAUCCUGCUGCUCAACACCACGGCGGUCGGGGGCGCCCUGCUGGUGGUGCUGCUGAAGCUCGGCCACCCGGAGGACCUGGUCAGGUACGGGAUGUUCUUCGCGGCCAUAUUCAUCCACAAGUACUUCAUCUUCCUGCCCGGCCAGAAGAUCAUCAACUACAGCCUCGAGGUCUUCGAGUACAGCUACUCCUGCGAGUGGUACAACCUGUCGGCCGAGUGCAAGGUGCUCAUCAAGAUCAUGAUGCUGCGGAGCAUCAGGCCGCUGAACCUGACCGGCGGGAAGAUGUUCCUGCUCUGCAUGGAGACGUACUCGGCGAUGCUGAAGGCGGGCAUGUCCUACUUCACCGUGUUCGCGAGCACGCAGUCGUUCUGA